UGUUUGCACGUACCCGGUCAAUAAAACUCAGGCAGAGUGACAGUGACAGCUGCCUUGUAGCAUUCAGAGGGAAUCGAGCAGUUUAGCAGCGUCCUGGACAAGUAUAUCAUUACAGCUCAGGCUGCUCAGAGAGAAAACACCUAAACCCUGCGGGAGGAGCACAGCUCCUGCAGCCACCCAGGGACCUGUCUCGGACACCUGCAAGGCCUGAUCAAGACUCCUGUGGCAGCUUUCUCCAUGCUGGGACCUCCCCGACACAAGUUGGUUCUCACCCCGACACACGAUCUCUGCCUGCAACAGCCUGGCUUUUAGCAGCUGAGAGGACACAGUCCACGCCUGGGAGGUGGCAGAGGAGGGUGACUAGAAGGGAAGGUACGAUGGGGGCCAGGCAGUCAAGAGCCAGCUCCAAGGAUAAGGGCCCCAAGCGGGUGCUGUUCAUGGGAAGGAGACAGAAGUUUUCUCCAUGGGACGAUGCCCUGCUCUCGGGGAGGGACCCACGGUCUCUGCUGAAGCGUGGCAUGCACCAUGUCAGUUUCAGCCUGGUCACCAGAGGAAUGACAGACAUCCCUGACUUUCUCUGGGGCUUGUCUGAGGUCCAGAAACUCAAUCUGUCUCACAACCAGCUCCGAGUUCUCCCUCCCGAGGUGGGGAAACUGACCCGGAUCGUGGUCCUGAACCUGUGCGGGAACCGCCUGAAGAGCCUGCCCAGAGAGGUGAGCCUCCUGCAGAGCCUCAAGGUCCUGUUUGUCAACAUGAACUGCCUGACCGAGGUGCCGGCCGAGCUGAGCUUGUGCCGAAACCUGGAGGUCCUGAGCCUGUCGCACAACUGCCUGUCCCAGCUCCCUGCAGGCUUCGCUGACCUCUCCAGACUGAGGAAGCUGAACCUCAGCAACAACUCCUUUGCGCACAUCCCCAUGUGUGUGUUCUCACUGAAGGAGCUGAUCUUCUUGCACGUGGGCUCCAAUCGCCUGGAAAACAUCGCUGAGAGCAUCCAGCAUCUGGCCAGUCUGCAGAUCUUCAUUGCCGAGGGCAACAAUAUCCACUCUUUCCCGAGGUCGCUCUGCCUGGUCACCAGCCUGGAGCUGCUGAACCUCAACAGCAACGACAUCCAGACCCUCCCGAGCGAACUCCACCUGCUGUGUAGACUGGUGAGGAUCGCCUGGAAUCCCAUGGACAAAGGGCUCCAUAUUUCCCACAACCCUUUAUCCAAGCCUCUGCCAGAGCUGGUGGAGGGGGGCCUGGAGAUGCUCUUCAGCUACCUAAAGGACAAAAAACACACCUGACGUGGGUCCUGGAGGCCUGGAUGGGAGGCAGCUUACCUGAACUCUGCCAGCUGGGGUAGCUCUCUUAUCUCAAUUUCUACUGUCACCGUGUCUGCCAGUGCUUUUAAUUUUGCUAAAUCAUUGUUGAACAUCCACGUUAAGGAGGUGUUUACUUUUAGCUCUGUAUGUUCUUAAUAACUUCUGGAAUAUCAUGUUCAUCUCAUCCUAAACAUAAAUUGAAACAGGGGGUUGGUUUUCUCUAAAGAGAACUAAUAGUUCUGAUUCUUCUGAGGAGCAGUGAGAUUCAGCCCUUGGGAGAGUGGACACCUAACAGGUCUGAAUUCAGUGUAACUCAAAAGGCAAAUAUUUGCUAAGUACUGUGUGCCAAGGACAGUGUCAGGUGUUGAAACCUGGUUUCAGAUGGUUUCUACCAUUGAAUCAGCAACCUGUGGCCGGGUGGCAGUGGCAAGACAUGUUCCUCUGUCAGCCCCUAUGAAGUAUAACCUGGGACCAAAAGGCAAACCACAGUGGGCUCUGUCCCCAGUGACCAAAACAGGCAGAGCUCUCCCCUUGAGUUCUGGGGGGGACCAUCAUAGGAAGUUUUUCUUUCAUGCGGCUGUAGAGGAAUCAUCAAGCCUCUCAUGCUUAUGUCUGGUGGUGAGUAACGGGUAGCAUGAUGGCUUUCAGAUAAUAAAU